CUAUUUUCAAGUGUGCAAACCCAAAGAACGGAAACAUUCAAUUCAACAUGCUAAAAGUUUUUCUGAUAUUUCUUGGCCUAUUAGCGCUCAGCAGUGCUACCACCCUCUAUACGGAGGCGGAAGAGUCCACAUCUGAUCCCACAGAUACUACCACUGCGCCCGAAGCCUGUUUAUAUGAAAGACAACCCUGGGCCAGUGUUAAUCCGAGUCAAUACUACAUCUGUGCGGACAAUAAGCCAAAACUUACGAAUUGCAAUGAGGGCUAUUACUUUGUGAGGAAUGCAACUCUAUCCGGCUGCAUACCCGCUAAAAAAAUGAAUCCCAACUGUGUCAACUUGGAUGUAACUGUGGGUCCCUGCACCGGCAUCAAUCUGAAGCAGCCGCAGGCCAGCCAAGUGCUAACCAAUUUCUGGCUAUGCACUGAGGAGAAUGCCGCACCCGUAGAGCUUACAUGUGUAGAUGACAAGGCGUUCGUUAAGCAGGAAGGUUACCUGGGCUGCUUUGAUUGGGAGGUCUGGCGUGCACUGCGCGGUUGCAAUUAACCGAAUGGCAAUUGAAAGCUAUCUAGCCCGAAUGAUAAUGUCCAUCAAGCAUUUUAAUUACGUUCCAAUUUUUAGCGCGACUUUAUCAUGAUUAAAUUUUGCCAAAAUGAAUGAAAAAUUAA